AUGCAGGUGAAUGAUAUUCUAACCGACAACAACUUCAAUGAAUGGAAACAGGAGAUGAUGAACUUAUUGUUUGCAAGGAACAAGAUGAGCAUAAUGGACGGAUCGAUCAAGAAACCAGAAACCACAGAUCCCAUAUACAUGGCAUGGGUAAGAGUCGACGCCAUGAUCAAAGGUUGGCUAACAAUUGUAAUGGAAAAAGAAAUCCGUACGAGUGUAAGGUAUGCCAACACCUCAGCAGAGAUUUGGAAGGACCUUGAGGAGAGAUUCGAGAAAGAAGGAGCUCCUCGUGCCUACGAACUAAAACAGUCUCUAAAUAUUACAAGACAAGACGGUAACUCUGUGUCCUCUUACUAUACAAAACUGAAAUCCAUUUGGGAUGAGUUGCAGAUUGUCCUCCCCACGCCACAAUGCACCUGCAAUGGAUAUGAUUGUGCCAUAAGGAAGCGUCUGAACGAAGUGAAAGAAAAGGAAACGACCUACGAGUUCCUUAUGGGACUUGAUGAGGAAUUUGCUAUCAUACGAACCCAAAUUUUAGCUAUGAAGCCUACACCCACUUUGGGGAUAAGCUAUCACCUAGUUGUUGAAGAUGAGCAGUAA